AUGUACGCCUUCUACUCCCUUUUAGUCUACAUCUUCUACACUGUCUUUAAAAAGGAGGAGGAGGAAGCCCUGGAGGAGGCAUGUGGAGCUUCCCCAGACGAACCAGGAGCUGUUUCCAUGGGAACAGGGAGCAGGAGGAGAGAUGGCCACUCCUCCAAAACGGGGAAAAAAGCUUGUGCUCGCCUUAGUGAAUCAAGCAGCAGCAGUGACAGUGAUGAAGUCAGUGAGGAAGAUGAGGCAGAAGGCCCUGACAUCCCAGCAUGCACCCCUCUGGCUGCCUUCUUGUCUUUCAAGCAGGAGGCCGAGAAGAGAAGAGCCUCUCAGGUCCAGCUGGAAACAACAGGGAAGUUGGCCGAGUCUCCCCUGGUGGCGGUGAUGUCCCACUUGCUGAGUUUUCUGGAGCAGUACUCGCACUUCCAGCAGCUGCAGCAGCAGGCCGACCAGUACCGGGUCCAGCUGAAGAGGCACCGCGUCCAGCACCGGCGGCAGAUGAAGGCCCUGCGAACCUCCUACCGCCAGCGCCUCCGGGACAAGAACAGCAUCAUAAGCAGCCUGGAGGAGGCCAUCAGCCAGCAAUCAUCACCCAGUCCGCUGAGUGAGGGUGAGUGCAGCAGUGAUGCAGGGGCACAGGCCGGCGUUCACAGGCUGGUGGAGUCUCUGUACGGCCUGCAGGGCGAGAGGAGUCAGCUGAGAGGAGAACUCCGUCUGCUGCACUCACAGCUGGAGCAGAAAGAGAGAGACAGACACUCUCGUAUACAAGCCUUUCAACAGCAGAUUGAUGAGCUCAAGAGCUGCAUAGAGGAGCGUGAGGAGGAGUUGUCACGACUGCGAACAGCCACCGGGGCCACAGACUCAGAGAAGCGAGUUUUGUGUUUGUCAGCAGAGAACGAGAGUCUGAAGCAGAACCUGAGUGUAACUCAAGGCCUCCUGCAGCAGCUCUCUGCCAUCCCAUCCCAGUCCAGCAGCAUGCUCAUCAAGGAGAACGAGAGCCUCCGCAGCAGAGUGCAGCAGCUGGAGAUGUCUUUACAGCAGCGAGCCGAGCAGCUGUCACAUCUGGAGCGACAGAGCGAACAAAGCGAGUGGAGACGAGGAGAAGAGCUGAGGAAACGAGAGGACAGAGUGAGAGAGCUGCAGCUGGAGCUGGACAGGGAGAGAGGCAAGGAGCCCGUCGUCAAGUACGUCACACAGACUGUGGAGGUGGAAUCUCCAGCGACGUUAAAGCAGCUGAAUAAAGCCAGACAGAGGAACGAGCUGAUGUCUGAACGGUUGUCCAGUCAGAACGAACGGUGCAAACAGCUGGAAGAACAGAUACGCAGAUCAGACGAACACAGCUGCAACCUGCAGCACAAGAUCGCGGCGUAUGAGCGAGAAAUCAGCAAACUGAGAGAGGAGCUGUUGAAAGAGAUCGGCCACUUGGAGGAGAGGAAGGAGGAGGCGGUGAAGGCCGCGGCCAGCUGCUCGGCGGAACACUUUCAGAGCCUUCAGGACCAGUUCUUCAGCUUGCAGAAGCGUCUGACUGCACUCCCUCCAACUUUGCGCUCCAUGAAGACAGACUACGCCAGUCUGAGGAGCCAGGUUCGAAACUUCUCAGACUUUUAUGGAGCAGCUAUCAAUGAAGCAAAAAAACAGAUUUCAGCUGCUAUUAAUGAGAUGUCUGAAGCCAACAAAGAUCUUCUGGAGAAAUACAGGAAGGAGGUUGCGCUGCGCCGGAAGUACCACGAGCAGCUGGUGGAGCUUAAAGGCAACAUUCGCGUUCUGUGUCGGGUGAAGCCGGUGCUGAAGGAGGAUCAGCAUGAGGAGGGCCAGUCUGUGGUUGUGACGACAGACCCCAACAACGAGUCGUCCCUCACCGUGAUGAACAAAGGAAAAGGUCGCGUCUUUGAGCUGGAUAAGGUCUUCCAGCCGCAGGCCACGCAGGAAGAGGUCUUUCAGGAGAUUGAACCUCUGGUGACGUCCUGCAUCGAUGGCUACCAUGUCUGCAUAUUUGCAUAUGGGCAGACAGGCUCUGGAAAAACCUACACGAUGGAGGGUAGUGUGGAACACCCAGGCAUCAACCAGCGAGCCCUGAAACACCUCUUCAGUGAGAUCGAGGAGAGGAAGGACAUGUGGUCCUACACGGUCACAGUCAGCUCCGUGGAGAUCUACAACGAGGUGCUAAGAGACCUGCUGAGUAAAGACGGAGAGAAACUGGACAUAAAGAUCAACCCGGACGGAACAGGACAGCUGCAUGUACCGGGCCUCAGGGUCGUCGAAGUGAAGAGCUUUCAGCACAUCAAGAAGCUUCUAGCUACAGCUCGAAGGAACAGGAUCACCUUCGGCACUCAGAUGAACCAGCACAGCUCGCGCUCCCACGCUCUGCUCUGUAUCACCGUUCAGGGCACCGACCUCGCCACCGGCUCCAAAACCACAGGGAAACUGAACCUGGUGGACCUGGCUGGUUCAGAGCGGGUGUGGAAGUCUGGUGCCGAGGGAGAGAGGCUGAAAGAGGCCCAGAACAUCAACCGCUCUCUGCUGGCUCUGGGGGACGUCAUUCAGGCGCUUCGGGCUCGACAAACUCACAUCCCCUUCAGGAACUCCCGCCUUACGUACUUACUGCAGGACUCCCUCGGCAAAGGCAGCAAAACCGUCAUGGUGGUGCAGGUUUCCGCUCUGGAGAGUAACGCUGGAGAGACGCUGUGCUCUCUGAAGUUUGCUCAGAGGGUUUGCAAGGUGGAGUUGGGUCCUGCAGCCAGGAAGAUCGAAUCAGGAGGUGGACAGUGUGACUGA